AUGGCCAUUUAUGCUAACGUUACUAGCCCUCUGGUCGCUGUCGCUCCUGUACCUGCUGCACAUCGCCGUCGUCCGCCUCGACGUCCUGAGGAUACGCUCCCACCUGAGAUCACCCGCAAGCCACCGCAUCGCCGCGCAGUCCCUACUCGCCGCCGCACGCGUCAAGGCACUCGCCAACGUCAAGAUGCCAGGGGAAAAGCGUUGGAUGAUAUUGAUGCCCGCCGUAUCUCUCUUGGUCAGCUUGCUGGACAGCUUUCCGGUUUUAUUGGUGGUGGAGAUGAAGUUAAAAAUGCUCUUGUGAAUGGUUUGCGCAGUAAUGUAAAUCAGCUUGAAAAGCUUUUAAAAGCAUCUUGCGGAGGUAAGGGGUGUGAUUGUGAUAUUAAGAAUUUCCGUGUUGGACAUCUUAAAAAUCUUCAAAAGACAUUUGAAAAAUAUGAUGAAAUUGCAACAAAAAUUAAUGGCCUUAAUAAAGAAAUUGCUGAAAAAAGUAAGGCGCCUGAAGGGGCGCCGCCCGGCGGUGAGUCUGAGAUUCAGAAGCUUGAUGAGCAAAUAAAGCAAAAUGAAGAGAAACUUAAACAGCAAAAAAGUCUUCUUGAAGAGCAAAUUAAGAAGCUUCAAGAUGCUUUAAGUGUGCCUAAAAAGGAAAUUGGUGAAUACAUUCAGAACCGUAAUAAAGAAAUUGCUGACAUCAAUAAGAAAAUUGAAGCGCAUAAAAAGGAAGAAAAGAAGAAAAAUAGUCUUAUUAAAGAUGCAGAUAUCUCCAUUCCCUACAAUCUUUCUCAUCCUCUUGAAACUGAGCAGGCUAAAUUGCAGUCUCAUAAUGCUUCGUUGGAGUCUCUUGAGAGUCUUGAAAAGCUUAUUACAUUUCAUGAGGAAGUUAGUAAAAAUCCUAAAACUGAAGAAUGUAAAAACAUUUUAACAAAUUUGUGCUCUGGCUUGGAGAAGUUCCUUGGAUACCAAGAAACUUCCAAAGGCUACUCGGGUGAUGGCAUCGUGUACUCGGGCCUUGACAGGCUCUGCGACGGGGUGAUGUCUUUCCUUCAUGGAGUUCUCCAAAGUGUGAAGGAGGAUGAUAACGUUACAACGUACAAUAAACAUAUUACUCAGAAUAAUUUAGAUAAUGUUCUUCGUGAUGUAUUUUCUAAAAUUGGCACUGGGCGUAAUGGGCUUUCGGACUCUGUCACCAAGGUGAAGGAGUGGUUGGAGAAAUAUAAUGAUGAAGUAGAAAAGAAGACAAGAGGAGUGACCGAUGGAUUAUCUGCACUUAUAGGUAAGUUGCGUAGUGAUGUUUCAUCUGGUGUUGCAGGGAAUGAGUAUUACAAGAGCGUUGAAGGCGAGGCGACCAAGGAUCUCGGGACCCAGUUGGCAAGGUGGAAGGGGACACUGGGGAGCAUCGACAGUGAUGUUCAAAGUAUUGCAAACAUACAAAUUAAUGACUUAGACGACACACUUAAAGCACAACUAACGCACAAAUUAGAUCCAGUUAAGAAAGUGGUAGAGCACCUGAAAGGUGUUGCCACGAAGAUGGCAGAGGGGGGGAAGGUGGCAGAGGUUGAUACUGCCAUUACUGAGAAGGAAACUCUCGUAAAAGAGCAAAUUAAAAAGAAAGCUGACGAGCUUCGACGCACACUAACACAAAAACUUAACACAAUAGAUGAACGAAUUAAGGCAUUCGAAACUGAGCAUAGUACUAAGUUGGUGCCUUUGGUGGACGCGAUAAACGCGUUAGAGACGAAUGUUACCGCUGCGGAUGAGCGUGCACAGACUUUGCUAACUAAGUAUAAUGAUGAGAUUGCUGAGAAGGUGAGCAGCAUAAAUCAGCAAGUUGGCGCGCUUGACACGGCAAAAAUCUCAACUGGACUUCAAGAGGUUUUUGACAAUGUUAGUGGGCAGUUGGAGACGCUGCAAAAUACGUUACGUGAACUUGGUGAAUUUGGAAAUACUGUUAGUAGUGGUGUGCAAAAUAAUCUGCAGUAUUUCACGACACCUAGUGAUCCAGAUAUGAAUGUGAGUGCGCAGAUCACGAAGCUGAAGGAGGAGAUUAGAAAGGAAAUUACCAAUUAUGUAAAAAAUGGCUUGGGAGAUAUUAUUAGGUUGGCGAUUAAAGGAAAAACAGAUUUGGUUGCGAAUUCGAAGAACCAUCCAGAUGGUUCCCUGGAUCAGAUCGUGGAAGGCGUGAAGAAUUUUGCGAAGAGUUUCCAGGGCAGAUUCACCAAGUCAAUUGAAAAGAUGGUUGAGAAAUUGAUAGACGAGGAUGCCAGUGCGGUGAGGAUGUAUGUUGAGAGUAAAAUAGCGGCAGAAGUUAUAAAUGAUGCAACAUUGCAAACAACCGAACUUGCGUCUCUUCCUACGAACGAUUAUCGCUUCCAAAACGCCCUCAGAACUAUACUAGCCGCCGUACAUAAAAAGGUUGAGGACACCUCAGAGGGGUUUAGCAAAUUCAUCGGGACUUCCCAGAUUGGCAACCUUGAGGCAGCCAUAAGAGUUGUCAAUACUCUCGGUGACCAUCUGGCAGAGGCCAUUAAAAAUACUGAUCAUAUUCCAGACGGCACCGGCGUCCUAACUCUUGGUAACCAAAUUCAAACUAAGCUAUGUAGUGAUGCCACCAACAGCGAAGUGGACACCAAACUCGGCGAACUCCUCCAACAGGCAGUAAAAAAUGGCAUCGAUAAGCUAAAUAAGAAAGUAAAAAACAUCGUCGACAUUGAACUCCGUGAUGUCCACCCUACAAUAGAUGAACAAAUCAACAGGCUGAACAACGCAGGGAUUCAGCCCGGCAACAUACGAAAGCUAGUCAACGGUCUUGAAGCACAGAUCAACGGGCUGAAACCUCUAGUAAGCGGGGUUAAUGAUGAGGCCGGAGGAUUGAUCCUACGGCAGGUUGGCGAUCUGAGAAGGCGUGUGGGCGAACUUAAAGAUAGCAUCGCGGAAAUUAAUUCAGCUAUCAAAGAAUUUAAUAAGUCCUUUUUAGCAGCAAUCGAGGCCGCCAAAUCAGCCUCUCAACAAGCCCGCAAGGAACUCAGUGAAGGUAUCGAUGGCCUGCAGACUCACCUCACUCAACAAGUGACUGAAGCCUUCGACGCCGUCCACACCGCCGCGAAACAAAUGUUCAACCAAGGGCACAAGGCUGACUUGGAGCAGCUCAAGAAAUUGGUCAGCGCGCAAAAUAAAUUGAUUACCGAAAUUAUAGAGAAUGACAAGAAGAAAGGUCUCAAAGGCCUGCUGAAGGAGAUGUAUAAGGACAGUGGAAGCAAAAUAAUGGCAUUAAAACUGGAAAGAGUCGAAGAGAAAGAACAGUUUAAAACGCUUUCAGAGAGAUUUAAAGACUAUUUAGAACUCAUUUUCACAUACAUCAAGGGACAACUCAACACUCCAAGUUCGUCGCCACCCAACUCCACAACCAAGGAGCCAACCAAAAUGCUGGGUGAAGUGCAAAGUAAACUCGGCAAUUUGCUUACUCAUCUUGGCACAGCGAAACAUUUUGAUAGUCUAUUCGUAUUGCGCUUAGAAUCGUUUUCCACUGAACUUGGCAAAUUCACGCCGUCUCAAUUCGCCGGCCCAAAUAACUCUAAGCUGCUCGACUCACUUAGAGAUGGGCUGCAGAAAUUGUGUGAUCAGCUGGACAAGGCGUACGUGUCGGCGUACUCGGGAGACUACUGGAAUGGCAAUAACAAAACAAGUAUGCUAAUGUUUUCUGUACUAUAA